AUGAAUCAGAUUCCUGGGCAAAGCCCACACUUGUCUAUGCAAAAUAAUUCACCACAAAUACCUCAACAGCAACAGCAGCAGCAACAACAACAACAAUCGUUUCUUGAUGAGUCGAAACAAGAACAGCUCUUUAAGAUGCGCCAGCAGAUUAUGCACCAGCAAAUACUUCAGAGACAGCAAGGCAAUGACGAAGGCAAACAACAACAGCAAAAUCGGCAGCAGAAUCCCAAUGGAUCAGAGGAAGGAGGUUCUGGCAAUGUCCCAUCUAUGAAUGGACAGUAUGGACCUUCUCAGAAGCAAACAUCCUCGGAGGCAGCGGCAUUUCAAUCACAUAUUCCACAACCCCUGAAUUCCACAAACCUGUCUGCUUCAACUCAACAAAGUAUUAGCGGCAAACUUUCCCCUGCUCAAAUUGCUCAGUUACAACAUGAACUUUUUCAAAUGACUCUCACUGAUUUCAUGAAUCGCAGAGGAACACCAAUCACGCAAACUCCUGUUAUAAACAAGAAAAAAAUCAACUUGUUUAUUUUGAGUAUUCUUGGUCGCAAAAUUGGUGGUCCGCAAGCGGUUCUGAAACACAUACAGAUGCUCAGUCAUUCCCCACCCCAAAUUACAGAGUGGACAUCCAUUUGUCAGAAGUUGGGAUUGUUUGAGGGGAUUGAUGUGCAGAAUAACGCUAGUACCAGGAACCAAAUCGAAAAACAGUUGGGAUCGUGCUAUUUGCAAUACAUUCUUCCCUACGAGCAAUGCUGCUCCACAGAAGAGGGACAAAAAGAAAUCACCAGUCGUCGAUCACAGUUCCAAAGACAGUUGAUAAUGCGGUUGCAGCAUCAGCAACAACAACAACAACAUUCUACACAAGCUCAGCAACACGAAGGAACCCAACUGAAUGGUCAGUUUCGAUCGUCGAGUAUCUCCUCCCAAUCUCCGCAUCACGCGAUGGCCCCAACUCCCGUAAUAGGGAACAUACCCAGCCCAACAGCUUCUGCUGUAAACCAGCAAAGAAAAUCAUCACAAAAUUCCACCACCAAUAACACUCCUCCAUCUAACAUUCAUUCUCCCCUUGUGCAGCAAGUUAAUACAUCGAGGUCAAAUAGUCUUCAACGUCGACAGUCCUCGAUUGGUCCACAUGCGCAAAGUCAAAAGCCUGAGACUCCAAUACCAGCGUCAUUGCAAGAAUCAAGUGAUCACCCAAGGAAGAAGCCGAAUACAGUCAAAAAAUAUGUUCCCAUAAAGAAGAACGCGGGCGCUUAUAGCGAUUGGAUACUAAAAAGUGUAUCUGACCUCGGUGAUGAGAUUGAACUAACUAAGCCAGUUUUCUUGUUUGCUCCAGAACUCGGCUCAUUGAAUAUUCAUGCUCUAAUAAUGUCUUUGAAAAACUACACCAGAAACAACCCAGGUGAAGCGUCAUCGGCACUCAAUACUCUUCUUGUGACAACAACUGACCCCAACUUCGCGUUCAACUUGACUGAUGCUCCAGAGCUUUUAGAUGCUCUUGUUGGAUUAGGCCUCAAAAUAUUGGAACAGAUCACAACGCCAGAGAAAUCGACAUCCGAUUAUGAGGAUGCGACGGUACCUUCCAAUGACGCAAUUGAGUCAACUUUCAGGAAGUAUGUAAAGAAAGACGAAUUGCGCGGGGAAGAUAUUGUUCAUGUUGUGGAUUCUCUUACUGGAGAGAUGAUUGAAGAUGAAGAUUCUGAUAUUGACAUCGAUGAUGUUUUUUCUCCAAAGAUUAUCGAAAAUGUUGCCGACAAACCUACCGCUGGUUCCUUCGAAAUUCAAAAAUGCUACCUUCCCGAUUUUUUGUCUGCUCUUCAAGACUUCAAGACUGAGAAUAAAAAUCAUUUCAGCAAAGCUCAAACCAAAGGGGCGUUGGACCAUCUGAUUUUUCUUGUCGACAACUUGAUUACUAUUACCAUGACUUUGAGAAAUCUUUCAUUUACUGAACAAAGCUCGAGAUGCAUGUCAGGAAACAUUAACUUUAAGAAGUUUGUUUUCAAAAUCGUGAGGCUAGUUGCUACAGUGCCAGAGGUAUUUGUUCUACAAAGGAAGAGACUUUGUUUACUCAAAGAUUGUCUUCUAAUGCUUGAUCGCAACGCCCCUUUUUUGGAGAUUGAUUCUUUGGAGGAAGCUUUUCUCGCGUAUCUCCUUAUUUCAUCAUUCGGGCCUGCGCUAGAUCAAAAUGAAGAUGAUCUUCAUAAAAGGUAUGAAAUCCCGUCUGCUUCAUUUGAGAUGUAUUCGUAUUUGCCCUUUGGGGUAGAUGUAUUCACAAAGCUUUUUGUGAGAGAGCCUAAGAAUAGAGCCUAUUUUCAGGCCGUUUUUUCAGGGUGUUUUAACAUGAACUUUUUACAAUUGAAUUCCGGAAGCGUGACUAUCGAGCCCCAAGAUUAUCAAGAAGCUAGCACCCUUUUGAACACUCAUUUGAAAAGCGAGAAUAGCGAUGCACGCUUAGGGAUUCUCAUGACUAGAGCAUUCAAAUUACUCAUGAGUGUUGUUCCAUUCGCAAUGGGUGGCGCUGAGUACACCAAAUUCGUUCUACAGCGCUCAUCUACGAUGCUCCAAGCCCUUUUUGGUGCGAAGCUUCUCAUUGAUCUGGCGUCAACUGAAGAUGCUAAUGGGCCGUUUAAUCUCCUACUUUGUCACUGGUUGACAAGUAAUGCGCAAUUGUUGUUGUUCAAUUUCACGCGGAACACCAUCCACAUCAUCACAGAAUCUGUGAAAUUUGGGCCGAGCUCCAGUGAACAUAGAGUUUUGUCUUACAUCGGGCUUAAAUCCAUGAUUUUGGUGAAUUCGCUACUCGCUAACAUUGUCACCUUGGUUCGAGUGCACAGGGAAGAUGAGUUGAUAAACUCAAAGGAAUUCGAACAGUGUCUUGGUAAAAUCCGGGAUAUCUACAGAGUGCAACCAGAGGCUGAGUUCAUUCUCAAUACACUUCUUACGCCAAGCGUGGACCAGGAUGUGGCUCUGGAGGUUUUGCGAUUCCGUUAUUUAUUAGCUGAUAUGGUCGAAGAUCCCGUUCUAUAA